AUGGCCGCCCAACCCGAACCCGAUAUCGUUUUGUACGACUUGGCCUGCACCAAUAACCGCAUUCGCCUCAUGCUCAACUAUAGGAAUAUCCCUUACAAGGCCGUCUUCCUCGGGGUUCCAGAUAUUGAGCCCACGCCAAAAGUACUUGGCCUAGUCCCGGGGCAAUCCGCAUCAGGAUCCAAAUACACUGUCCCCGCAGUCCAUCAUGUGCCAACCAACACAUAA